AGCAGCGAGGGGCGCGCGCAGCCACAUGGUAUAUUCCUGCCGCUGCCUCUGCGCUGCGCGGCGGGGUCGGCGGGCCGCCUGCGCCUCUCCCCCGCAGCGGGCUGCAGAAUGGGACACGCUCGUCCCCCCGCCAGCCGGCAGCUGUCACACAGCGGAGGCAGCCAGCAGCCGGUGCAAAGAGCGAGCCCACUCUGCCGUUUAGGAUGACUCACUGGGAUCUGGCAUUAAUCUCCCUUUUUCUGGUAGUGGACGGAGAACAACCCAAAAGCUACACUGGACUAGAUCAAGGGGAAGGAGGCAACACACAUGACAAAAAUCAUAGAGUGAAAUAGCUGGAAGUCCACCCAACGAGAAAGGCUGGAUGGCAGAACCACUGUGCAAUGCUGCUGUAAAGAAAUGCAAAGAAACUAUGCCCCAGAUGCCAAUAUUUUCCAGCAUGCUUGGUUCCAGUUGUAGUGGACAAGUGCAGCCCGAUAUGGGAGAAAGGUGUUGCGAUCCUGUUUAUCAGGAUGGAAACCUUAUUUCUGGAUCACUGGAGGUCUUGAUAGAGCGCCUAGUGCCCACCAUGGACUAUUAUCCAGAUAGGACAUAUAUAUUCACUUUCCUGUUGAGCUCACGAGUCUUCAUUCACCCACAUGAGCUCCUGGCUAAAGUGGGACAGAUCUGCAUUAAACAGAAGCAGCAGCUGGAAACGGGGACUGAGGCAGAAAAGGCAAAGCUAAAAUCCUUUGCUGCCAAGAUCAUUCAGCUCCUAAAGGAAUGGACUGAAACUUUCCCCUAUGAUUUCCAAGAUGAAAAAUCUAUGAAAGAGUUGAAGGAGAUUGCUCACAGGAUCACACAAUGUGAUGAGGAAAAUGGAACAGUGAAAAAGAUCAUUAGCCAGAUGACACAGAAUCUCCUGGUGGCCCUCUCUGCACGGAGUCAAUACCAAGAAAUCAGAGAGAAAUUUCGGCAACCUGUUGCUGACAAAGGAACUAUCCUCAAAAAUAAGCCACAGUCAACUCAAAAGGACAUCCUGAGUGUGUGCUGUGACCCGCUGGUCUUGGCUCAGCAGCUGACCCAUAUUGAACUGGAAAGAGUGAGCAACAUUUACCCAGAGGACCUGAUGCAGAUUGUCAGCCACAUGGACUCCCUGGAUAAUCACAAGUGCCGAGGCGAUGUUACCAAAACCUACAAUUUGGAAGCUUAUGACAAUUGGUUCAAUUGUCUCAGCAUGCUGGUGGCUACAGAAAUUUGUAGGGUUGUGAAGAAAAAGCAGCGUACAAGAAUGGUAGAAUUUUUCAUUGAUGUGGCAAGAGAGUGCUUCAAUAUUGGAAACUUUAACUCAAUGAUGGCUAUUAUCUCUGGCAUGAACUUGAGUCCUGUGGCACGGCUAAAGAAAACUUGGUCCAAGGUCAAAACAGCCAAAUUUGAUGUUUUAGAGCAUCACAUGGAUCCAUCCAGCAACUUUUGUAAUUACCGCACAGCCCUGCAAGGAGCAGCACAGCGAUCUCAGACUGCCAACAGCAAUCGAGAGAAAAUUGUUAUCCCAGUUUUCAACUUGUUCAUUAAAGAUAUCUACUUUCUGCACAAAAUACAUACAAACCGCUUGCCCAACGGGCAGAUAAACUUUAAGAAAUUCUGGGAAAUUUCAAGACAGAUUCAUGAUUUCAUGACAUGGAAGCAGGUCGAGUGCCCUUUUGAAAAGGACAAGAAGAUCCAAAGUUAUCUGCUCACAGCGCCCAUUUAUAGUGAAGAAGCUCUGUUUAUUGCAUCCUUUGAAAGCGAAGGUCCAGAAAAUCACAUGGAAAAAGACAGCUGGAAAACACUCAGGACAACUCUGCUUAAUAGAGCCUGAGAUUUUGAGAUCUGAUCUGCAGACUUUGAAGCACACAGAAAGAACAUUUUUAAAACCUGAAAGACUUGGGUUGAGCUAAGAAAGACCUCACUGGCUGAGGUCUGUUUUGUAUAUAUAGUACCUUUUAUGAAUAAAAUGUGGUAAAUAUUUCACAUGUCAACCUUAAGGCACUUAAGUGAAGGGGUUUGGGUUUUAUUUUAAUACAAGGGCAGGGCCCUGUUCUCAGAGUUGAAGUGUAUCAUGGGAGGUGGUAUCCCUGGGGAGGUUUUAUUCUAUCAGCAUCCAAAUUUUUAUUUUUUAUUACUUCCACAAAAAAAAAAAAAAAUGCAUCCCAGUAUCGCCAGUGUUCGGGUUAAAUACUCCAUUGGACCAAUAACCUACAAAACACUCAAUAUGUUUCCUUGACUUGAAGAGCCUCGUUCAAAUCAGUGAGGCUGUUCAUAUGCUUGGUUAAGUGUGUGUAGAGUCAAGGCCUUAGACAUCUGCAGUAAGCAUGUCCCUCUCCUACAUCAGAAAAUAGUGCCUUACAAGGUACUGAAAUUGUUUAGUGUACCUUCUAUUACGCUGGACUGGAAGCAAAGAAAAUAAAAAUAUGGAUGUCUCAAAACCAGCUACAAUGUACUUUUUAAAUAAAAUGAAGGAUAUGGCACAUGAAGUAAAGUAUACCUGCCUGUAACAUUGAUGGUGCAGCAAACAUAUUUUUGUUACAUGAUUUAAAGAGGUAAGAUAGGAUAAUUGCUGGGGGAUGUGCGUUUGUGCGCAUGUAUGUGUGCGUGCAUGUGUGAAGAUGCACGCAUGCCUAAGUUUUAAUACUCCUGGAAACUAUCCUUUAAGUUCUGGCUGUCAGAAUAGUUUGUGUUUUCCUUUUCUAAAAUCAGGGAUUUUUUUUCUUUUAAUUAAGAAUGUAACCUAGAUUCUCUCUGCAAAACAUAUUUGAUGUGUUUUAUUCUCCCAAAAGUUGUUUGCCAAAAAAAAAAAAAAAAAAAAUCACACAUGAGUUAAGGGAAGGGAACUAAACUCAGAUGUGAAAUUUGAAGCUAAGGCUAAGAUUUCCAGAAAAGCUUAAGAGUUAAAUACUCCAUCUCCACUGAAUUAGGCCUUUAAUUCCCUUGGUUCCUUUGAAAAUGCUAGUCUAUGCUAACAGACAAUUAAAACACAGAAAAACUUAGAUCAUAAGUGUAUUCUAGUAUUUGAAAAGCACCGAUUAAAAGCGUGGGCCAAUACACUGAAACCUAUGAGAAAACACCAGAGGAAUUCGAUCAAGCCUUCAAACCAGGACAGCAUUAGAGACGAUCAGUAAACUUGGUGUCUAAUUUCUCCUUUUAACCUUGAGGUUAUGGCUAAUUCAGCUAUCAAAACAAGCAUAACUCAGAAGCUUUUAUGAAGAUGUAAGCUAUCCAUUUCUGGGGAAAAUUACACAUUUCAAGACUUUUUCCUCCCUUGAUCUCUGAGUUAGUUUUUAAUUUGAGCUUACUUUCUUUUCUCCUGUUUUGUUUAAUGAACUACUACCCAUGAAUAUCUGCUAUCCUUUCCAACAAUUGUUCUCUGAGGGCUUCAGGUCUGGAUAUUUAUAAAGAUGAGUUGAUCCAGACAGUUAUAUCAGAGAAGAUUUUUUUUUUCAAAGCCCUCUAAAGCUUGAAACGGUUACUGCCCCUCCACAAGGGCCUCACAAAGCACCUCUGUGCAAGCUUCUUUAGAAACUCUCAAAUUUGAGUAGGUGGGUUGCAGCCGUCUGCUAAUACAUCUUAUUCUGCCCUCAGUUGAAGGCAAGGGGGCAAGACUAGCUGGACCGAGGGCCUGGUUCGUUCUGGCCCGGUAGACUCUUCUCAGUGAACGCCUGCAACCACAGGCAGCACCAUCGGUUUCACGCAGCAUUUGCAUUCACUGAGCAGCGAUCGUCUGCUGUGUUGGCCCUGCAGCAGGGUGCAAACAGAAGAGCCUUCCCUCAGCCUGUUUCCCCCUCUCCCCCCACCAUUGACACGCACUUAAAAUAAGAACAGUAAGCUGGGGUAAGGGGAGGGGGAAAAUCAAUAUUUUACUAUUCCCAUAGAACUGAAAUCGAAGAGAAACAAACAGAAACAUGAGAUAAAUGCCGCACAAAAAAAAAAGGAGAAGGAAUACUAACUGUUAACAAGAACAGCCCAGAAAAGGAGAGGGGAUAUUUCUUGUGAUCUGCUGCUAUUUCUCCUGUGCUGAAGUACUGAUCUUCAGCCCCGGAUUAGAGUAAGAAUAUUUAUACUGUAUUAUUACAGUGUUUUGCACUUUCAGAGAUGUUCUAGCUAGUAACAUUGUCAGACACUAUAAAAGGGAUUGUAUAUCAGCUUUGUUUAUGUAACUGAAAUUUAAAAGGGAUGCUUGAAAUUUAAGAAAAAAAUAUAUAUUUGAAAUGCAAUUUUAGAACACUUUCUGUAAAUGUAUAAAAAAGCUUUCACAUGAAUGUGCACUCCACUGGUCAAUCAGUCCUAGUAUAUACUUGAAAUCAAUGCAGUAUCUACAUUGGUUCCUUUUUAUUUUUCUUCCCUCAGUUUGAUACAUUCCUUAAAUCUGUGUUUUGCUAUUCUGAGCUGAAAUGCUAAAUAUAAAGCUGUACCAUAAAGCAGGAUAUUCUGUGUUUGAUUGGACGUACUUGCAUUAGUAAUAAAAAAAAAUGUUGCUUCCACCAGGCUAAACUU